AUGAGACAAGUGUCUCCUAACACCCCAGUACUUCAAAGGAGUCCUCACUGCCCCAGUACUACACAGGAGUCCUCACUGUCCCAGUACUACACAGGAGUCCAAACUGCCCCAGUACUACAAAGGAGUCCUCACUGCCCCAGUACUACACAGGAGUCCUCACUGCCCCAGUACUACACAGGAGUCCUCACUGUCCCAGUACUACACAGGAGUCCUCACUGUCCCAGUACUACACAGGAGUCCAAACUGCCCCAGUACUACAAAGGAGUCCUCACUGCCCCAGUACUACACAGGAGUCCUCACUGCCCCAGUACUACACAGGAGUCCUCACUGCCCCAGUACAACACAGGAGUCCUCACUGCCCCAGUACAACACAGGAGUCCUCACUGCCCCAGUACUACACAGGAGUCCUCACUGCCCCAGUACUACACAGGAGUCCUCACUGCCCCAGUACUACACAGGAGUCCAAACUGCCCCAUUAUUACACAGGAGUCCUCACUGCCCCAGUACUACACAGGAGUCCUCUCUGCCCCAGUACUACACAGGAGUCCUCACUGCCCCAGUACUACACAGGAGUCCAAACUGCCCCAUUAUUACACAGGAGUCCUCACUGCCCCAGUACUACACAGGAGUCCUCACUGUCCCAGUACUACACAGGAGUCCUCACUGUCCCAGUACUACACAGGAGUCCAAACUGCCCCAGUACUACAAAGGAGUCCUCACUGCCCCAGUACUACACAGGAGUCCUCACUGCCCCAGUACUACACAGGAGUCCUCACUGCCCCAGUACAACACAGGAGUCCUCACUGCCCCAGUACUACACAGGAGUCCUCACUGCCCCAGUACUACACAGAAGUCCUCUCUGCCCCAGUACUACACAGGAGUCCAAACUGCCCCAGUACUACACAGGAGUCCUCACUGCCCCAGUACUACACAGAAGUCCUCUCUGCCCCAGUACUACACAGGAGUCCUCACUGCCCCAGUACUACACAGGAGUCCAAACUGCCCCAUUAUUACACAGGAGUCCUCACUGCCCCAGUACUACACAGGAGUCCUCACUGCCCCAGUACUAUACAGAAGUCCUCACUGCCCCCAGUACUACACAGGAGUCCUCACUGCCCCAGUACUACACAGGAGUCCAAACUGCCCUAUUAUUACACAGGAGUCCUCACUGCCCCAGUACUACACAGGAGUCCUCACUGCCCCAGUACUAUACAGGAGUCCUCACUGCCCCAGUACUACACAGGAGUCCUCACUGCCCCAGUACUCUACAGAAGUCCUCACUGCCCCAGUACUACACAGAAGUCCUCACUGCCCCAGUACUACACAGAAGUCCUCACUGCCCCAGUACUACACAGAAGUCCUCACUGCCCCAGUACUACACAGGAGUCCUCACUGUCCCAGUACUACACAGGAGUCCUCUCUGCCCCAGUACUACACAGAAGUCCUCACUGCCCCAGUACUACACAGAAGUCCUCACUGCCCCAGUACUACACAGAAGUCCUCACUGCCCCCAGUACUAUACAGAAGUCCUCACUGCCCCAACACAUUCAGAUUCAGAUACUACCCAAGAUUAUACCUGAAGACUGGGUCCUCAUACUGCCCAAGGCAUACAAAGGUGGGGGAUGGGAGCAGUGUGUUCCUCAUGAUGUACUAGGAGUACAGGGGAGUCCUGUUACUGCCCACAGCAAGUGCAGGGAGAGGGGAAAGGGAGAGGGAAGGGAGUUGUCAUACUGUCCCAUGUACUUCAGCGGUCCUCUUAUAGAGCCCCAGGAGUACAGGGGGGACCUUAGUACUAUAUGGGUCGUCAUUCUAAUACAGGAACACAGUGGGAUCCUCUUUAGUGCCACAGGAAUACAGGAGGUUCUUCUUCAAUACAGGGAGGGGGGGCCUUCCUACCACACCAGGAAUACAGUGGAGUGCUUAUACUGCCCCAGUAAUACAGCAGGGUCCUCAUUGUUGUCCAAUAUACAGAGGUACUGA